AUGGGUUUUAACUUAAUGGUGUUGUUUUGUCUGGUUAUAUCCCCUUCUGUUCUUUCCUGGAACCCAAGUUGGAAGCGCCCACCUCCCCGGGUUCCUGUACCAACCAAACCAACCCCUAAGGCAUGGAAGUUCCAUGUAAUUGCCUUGGAAAACCGCAACAAGACCAUAGGCUCUACCUUCUGUCCAGUCACAGGAUGUGCAAGUACUAUCAGCCUCACCUUUGACAUAAGGGACACCUGCCAAGGGAAAUGUAUAAACGACUUCUACAAUGCUAUGUCCUCUCCCAUAUAUGUCUGCUUUGUAUAUGAGCAGACUCGCUCAGACUGUCAGGACCCAAAUUAUGGAGGAUGUCCACACUGGGGCUGCAAAUACCAUAGUACCUGGCCCAGAUGGGGUGGAGAAAAUCCUUCCAGACUCAACUCAGUCGAUUGGCAUACAAAGGUCACCUACUCCAUCCCUGACCCCUGGAAUGAUAGAUGGAGGAGAGGGGUCGUGGGUUUUGUCUAUAGACAUAAUGAGAAGGAUACAGCUUAUGAUGGGAGAACUAAGAUACUCAUCUUUAGAGCUUUAGCCAAGUUCACGCCUUAA